AUGGAGAAAGCAAAGGCAUUGCUCAUUGUCACACUACUCCUUGUGACAUUUCUGGUGGGUUCUAAAGCUGCAGGAAGGGAGCUGAAACCGAAAGAGGAGGUCUAUACCCCUCAAUGGUUCUGGGGAUGGGGAUUUCCUUGGUGGGGGCUCGGACAUGGAUUUGGGUGGGGAUUUCAUCCUUGGCUCGGUGGCUUAAACCAUAGGCUUAAGGACACUCCACAUGGCUAUGGUGGGAAAGGUGACAUUCCUUAUGAUCAUAACAAAGGCAAUGGCAAAGGCGAUGGCGAUGGCAAUGGCGAGAAAGGUGACAUUCCUGAUCAUGGAGGCGAUGGUCAAAAUGGAGAUGGUGGCAAGUAUCCAUAG